AUGGAAGGUAAUAAAGACGAAGCACUACGAUGUCUAAAAAUAGCACGAGAUCAUUUAGCAUCAGGAAAUAUACCUGGCGCGAUUAAAUUUGCACAAAAGUCAAUAAAUUUAUUCCCGACAACUGAAGCACAAACAUUUCUUAAACAAACUGAGUCUAAAAAAACAUCAAGCAAUCGAGAAAAUAACGAUCGUCAGACGUCAUCGCCAAGUACUUCUAGAGAACAUAGAGAACAUAGACAAGGAAGACAAAUAGGUGAAUACACUACUGAACAAGCUGAGGCUGUCAAACGAAUAAGGGCCUGUAGAACGCAUGAUUACUAUGCUAUAUUGGGAAUAAGCAAAGAUGCUACUGAUUCAGAGGUUAAAAAGGCAUAUCGAAAGUUGGCUCUACAAAUGCAUCCUGAUAAAAAUGCUGCUCCUGGUGCAGAUGAGGCAUUUAAAAUGGUUAGCAAGGCUUUCCAAAUACUCAGCGAUCCGCAAAAGCGUGCCAUAUUUGACGAACAUGGUGCUGACCCCGAUUCACGAAGUAGUGGAAUGCCAUCUGGUUUUAGAAGCUUUAAUAAUGGAUUUGGAAACGGUGCUGUUUACGCUGAAGAUAUUUCUCCAGAAGAGAUAUUUAAUAUGUUUUUCGGUGGGGAUGGCUUUCAUUCAGCGACCUUUGUUGGUCCUGGAUUCAGUGCACGGAGGUUUCAGCCACGCAGACAAUCACCAAAUGGAGAAGGAGCUCGAGAACAACACACCUCCCCAUUACUUUCAUUUUUUCAACUUUUACCUCUUAUCCUCCUCUUCUUAUUCUCUUUCUCUUCAAGUUGGUUUUCUCCUGCACCAGAACCAAUGCCAUCAUAUUCCUUUCAAUCAAAUGGAUAUCAUACAGAAAACAGAUUUACUCAUUCACUACAAGUUCCAUAUUUUGUUGAACCUCAUCAAUUUUCAUCUAUUGAACAAAUUCCACGAAAAUUACGUAUAUUUGAAGAUAAUAUAGAAAUUGCAUAUGUAAAAAAAUUACAAUAUGAUUGUAAUACUGAGUCAGCGAUAAGACAACGCAUGAUAAAUGAUGCCAAGGGGUGGGUAUUUCCUGAUGAGGAGAAAUUAAAGGAUGCGCAAGCAAUAAAAUUACCAAGUUGUGAGAGACUUGUGGAACUUAGUAGAUCGAAAAGGUAUAAAGAAAUUCAACGAUUGGCAAGAAGCUGA